UAUUUUUUAUUUUGUUUUUUUUAUAUUUGUUUUAUCUUGUUUUUGUGAGUUACAGAGAGGAAUUGUGGGGAUCAUAACAACUAAAAUGAAAAUAUGACAAUUUAAUUGAUAUUGACCUAAAAACCAAUGUGACAAUCUUAAAGAGAUGGAAAGUACGUAGUAUAAUUUUUAAUUUACGCUAAGAAAGAAAGAUGAGGACGGAUUAUGGGUGGGUGGAUAAAAUUAAUAUUAAAGCUUGACUGUUGACUUGCCCAAACCACGGGAUCUUGAUGACUCUUGACAAUUCUACUCAAAUAAUAGUGUUACACCCCACUAUCAACCAUCAAAGAACGACUCGAUUAUCGUUUACUUCCUAAUUUACAAAAUAUAGCCUCAAUUGAAUUUCUAAUAUCAAAGUAAACAUACAUAAAAAAAAAAUAUAAAAUGGCUAUAGGAGAAGCUUUUCUUUCAGCAUUUUUGCAAGUAUUGUUUGAGAAGAUGUUGUCACCAGGAGUUACAAUGUUUAUGAAGUUAAUAAGGGAGGCAAAAUACAACGAAAAACCAUAAAGCAAUGGGAGAAGCAACUUAGAAUGAUAGAGGCGGUACUAAGCGAUGCCGGGCAGAAGCAACUUGAUAGUAGUAAUAAUGGUGUAAAGUCAUGGAUGCAGGAUCUUCGAGACUUGGCUUAUGAUUUAGAAGAUGUGUUGGAUGCAUUUGCUACACAAGCUCAAAUUUAUGAGUUGAUGAUGAUCAAGGAAGAUGUGCACGGCCGUGUUUUGAAGAAUAACGACCCCAAUUUUGCUAGUUCACCUAACAAUAAUAUGGUGCAAAGCAUUGUUGUUAGUGGAUCAAAAGCUGUGGAGCAUCUGUCAUUCAUGUUUAACUCGGGCCAAGAUUUAACAGCGAAGAUAGAAGAGAUUAAUCAGCAGUUGAAAGAAAUUUUAAGCCAGACUAAGGGCUUAGGACUUUCUGUACAUGUGAUGCAGCAACAAGUUAUACCUCCAAGAGCAGAACGAGAAUGGAAAAGCUGGCAGGAAUCAACUUCUUUGUUAUGUGAGCCAUUUGUUUAUGGACGGGAAGGUGACAGAAAAGAGACCAUAAGUCGACUACUGAAUGAUGAGAACUCAAUGACUGGUAAUAACUAUGUUGUAAUUCCUAUUGUUGGAAUAGGAGGCAUUGGUAAGACGACUCUUGCUCAGCUCAUCUACAAUGAUGAGGAAGUGGAAGUGUUUUCUUUAAAGGCAUGGGUUUAUGUAUCUCAAGUGUUUGAUGCUAAAAGAAUAACAACAUCAAUUAUUAAUUCAAUCACUGGUGAAAGCAACACUUUUUGUGAUCUUGAUCAAGCUCAAGUGCAAUUGAAGAAAGUGCUAACAGGUAGACGAUUCUUGAUCGUACUUGAUGACAUAUGGAGUGAGAAGUAUAGUGAUUGGGAUAGGUUACGGACCCCAUUAAGAGCAGGAGCGAAGGGAAGUAGAGUUGUGGCUACUACAAGAAGCCAGAAAGUUGCCAGGAUCAUGAAUCCACAGCUGAAUAGUAUGAUUUUGUUGGAGGGUCUCUCAGAUGAUGAUGUUGGCGUAUAAUUGUACAAAAUGUAUUUGAUGAUGCUGGUAUUUCUUUAAGCCCAAAUUUUAGCUUAAUGAGAGAUGAUAUGACAAGAAAGUGCAGAGGCCUACCCAUGGUAGCGAAAGCUCUUGGAGGCCUUUUGAGGUCUAAAGUAGAGGAUGAGUGGCAAGAGACGCUUGAUUAUGAUACUUUGAGGAUGAGCGAGAGCAGGGUAUUAGAGGUAUUGGAGUUGAGUUUUCAUGACCUUCCAUCGCAUCUGAAACGGUGUUAUUCUUAUUGCUCCAUUUUUCCAUAUGAUCAUGUAUUUACAGGGAAGGAUGUCAUCUUAUUGUGGAUGGCUGAAGGAUUUUUACCCGAAAAUGGAGGAAACAAGCAAAUGGAAGACAUAGGCCAUGAUUAUUUUCAUGAUCUAGUAUCAAGAUCAUUUUUUGAACCGAGCAUAAAGGGAUCAGAAUAUUUCAAAAUGCACAGCCUACAAAGUGAUUUGGCUCGAGAGGUUGCAGGUAAAUUAUGCUUAGCAAUAAAGGAUUGUUCAGUUAAUAAAGAUUGGCCGAAGGCCUCUUGUAGAGCUCGACAUAUAUCCUUCACUGAACUAGAUGAGCCUGACAGAUGCGACGGUAUGUUUUCCUUGAAGGUCAGCCACUUUCGUACUUUUGCUCAUUUUGACAAGCAUAUAUUUUCUGGUUCUUCAAAUCGAGUACUUGAUCUUAUAGGAAUGUUUCAAUGCAUGAGGGUGCUACUGCUACCUCACAUGGGAUUUACAAUAUUUCCAGAAUCCAUAGGCGAUCUUAAGCUCUUACGGUUUCUCGAUCUCUCAUACAAUAAUAUUGAAGAAUUGCCUGAUUCCUUGAGCAACCUUGUUAAUCUCCAAACUUCGUUGUUGAAAGGUUGUGACAAACUUCAAAAGCUGUUGGAAAAUAUGAGAUGCUUAAUCAACCUUCGCCAUGUGGAUAUUGAUGGCACCUCUGUUCAUGAGAUGCCAUUGGGGAUUGGGAAUCUGACGAACCUGCAAACAUUGAACAAUUUUAUCAUAGGAGCAAAUGCACCCAUUAUAAGAGAUUUGAAGAAUUUGAAUCAUCUUAGGGGAAAGCUAACUAUAACUGGCUUAGAAAAUGUGUUAAGCUCCAAUGACGCAAGAGAAGCAAGGCUGCAUCAGAAAUCAGGUCUUCAUGAGCUAGAGAUGGUAUGGGAUUGGGGAAACUUUUAACGGGGUUGAUGACAACACUAGAAUAGAUGUGCUUGAUCAGUUGGAGCCUCACAAAUCUAUCAAAGUGUUAACUUUGCGGAACUACAACGGUAUGGCGUUCCCAAGAUGGUUGGGAGACCCUUCUUUUACUAAGAUGGUUACUAUAAAGCUAGUAGGUUGUGAGAGAUGUGAAUCUUUACCACCACUAGGAAAGCUGCCAUCAUUGAAGGAGCUUGAGGUUCAAGAAAUGCGUGGUCUUAAAGUCGUAGGUUAUGAUUUUCAUGGUGUUGGUUGUUCAAAUCCAUUUCCGACAUUAAGAACUCUGAGGUUUAAGUCUAUGACUUCUUGGGAGAGUUGGUUACAGUCAUCAGCUGAUAACAGGGGAUUCUCUUGCCUUCAAGAGCUUUCAAUCAAGGAUUGUUCAUCUCUACAGCAAUCUUUACCUUCAUGUCUCCCUUUGCUACACACACUUGAGAUACAACGUUGCAAGCAACUGUAUGCCUCUCUUCCAAGCCUCCCUCGACUCCAAAAGUUGAUAAUAGAUGAUUGUUCAUCCCUUGUCAU